AUGUCUUCUCCGCCUGACAUUAAGGCCCUUCUCGACCGGAACAAAUCCCAGAUCCAGACGUUCUCCUCCAAACCUUUACUGAGCGAGGCUAAAGCCGCUGGAACAAUUCCGCCAUCGGUCAUAGUUAUCACCUGUUGCGAUAUUAGAGUUGAUCCGGUCGAGUUCCUCCAUCUCAAAGCAGCGUCGGACGCCGUCAUCCUUCGAAACGUAGGUGGUCGUGUCGGUCCGCUUGUCAAUGAUAUCGUUGCUCUUGAUGUUUUUAUUGGCAUGAAGGAGAUCAUGGUAGUACACCAUACGGACUGUGGGACGACACAUUACAGCGAUCAAAUGAUCCGCGAGGUUGUCAAUGCGCGAGUCCCUGGGAGUGUUGGCCAAGAUGGCACGUUUGGAGCCAUAGAAGAUCUCGAACAAAGCGUUAGGGAUGAUGUUGAUAUUCUCAAACAUUCUCCUCUUGUGCGCACUGAACUAGCAGAGCAUACGCACGGCUUCAUUUUCGAUAUAGAGUCAGGAUUGGUCAAGGCUGUGCAAACGUACUCUCAAGAUCCAGCACUAGUGCAGAUAAGAGUCUUAAUUGAGGACAUGAAGCGAUGA